CAACAACAGCAGCAGAAUCAACGCCUCUUGGGUAUUGAUCUUCCGCCGAGUCAUCAUGUUUCCCUCGAAAUUCGGCCAAGAGAAUUGCUGAUCUGGAAUACAAGUCCUCCUGAUGUGCCCUCCGUGGUGGGAGACACAACGGGAGAUCCUGCAGUCAUUACAACACACGCAUCAGCAGAAGCGGCUGUACAAAAGGCUGAGGCGGAGGCGGCAGCGGCAGCUCGAGGACGUCUGCUUGCAAGAGUGCAGCUGUUGCAGAGGCUUAAUGUUGCUACAGCUGCAGCGUGUGCCUUUGCUGAUGGCGGCUCUUCCAGAUCCGUGGAAGCAAGCGGGAGCAGAGCAAGCAUUGUUCUUGUUGCCUUUCUAGACGGAAAACAGCAGAUUUUAUGCCUUCGCAUACAUUUUCGCGUAGGCUGUUUCACAGCUGCUGCUACGCGGGAACGCCACGGCCUACAGCUGGAUGAGGAUGCACCUGUGACGGGUGUCUAUACAGCCUGUCUCUGUUGGUGCCUGGAUGACGGCGGAGCCGCAGUUGCAGGAAGAACCAGUGCUUUUCCUCGCAUAAAGAGGCGAAGAGGCUUGAAUUCUGAAGCCACUUCAGUGUCAGAUGAAAACACGCACACUUCUCCUGGAAAGCUGCAGCUUUCCAUCCUCGAUGCAGAACGUGCCCUGCUGCAUCGGGGAGCUGCGGCAGCGCCGCUGCUGCUGUGUUUCCCCGCAGUUUCGGGGAGUCUGGAUCGUGGGAUGCUUGCUGCGUGCUGUUGUGGCAGCAGCAGAAGUGCUAAGGAGGGAUGCUGCCCGCUUCACUCCAGCGGCGGGGGCAUGCAAAGGGAGGAACCAGAGGCAGCAGCGCACUCUGGCGUUUCCAGUAAGGCGUCUCUUUGGGAAAGCAAUGGUUGCGUGUUUUGCGCAGAUGACGCCGCAAUGCGGGAUGCUGACUCGCAAGCCUCAAAACUUGUUGUAGGGAGAACCCCCUCGAGUGCUGCUCCACCCCUAAGGGUGCAAGAACUGGUGGUUUACCUCCCGCAUGCGCUUCAGGAGAAAGGCGCCUCGCGAAGCGAUCCGCGAUUUCCCACCUGCGCUUUGCGCUGCGGAGACACUGCAGCUACCCGUGCAGCUGCAUGCAGGAGUCUCGAGGAGACGCAAGGCGCGUGGCUGCUUCUGUUGAGGCUUCCAGAGGGCAACCCCACUGUUACAACACUUGAUGCAGUGCCUCUGGAAGGCGUGCUCGCGCCGACCUCCGCAGCAGCAGGAGCAGCAGAAGACUUAGCUGCCGCAUUGUGGAUUAGCCCUUGCGGCAGCAGCGGCUGUUUGCUUGUUUCGCCUCGAACGCUGCUGCGUCUUUCCUUCUACACAGGUCCUAGGAUGCGUCUGGCAAUCAGUAGACGUUUCGUGUUGCCUGCAAGGGUGGCGGCAGCCGCAGCUGCAGCCUGCGCUCAGUGGACAGAGCCACGAGGGUUCUUUUCCGACAGCACGUUGUGGCUAGCUGCUCCCCAGCAGGCUGAGCAGCAGCUUUCGGGGGAUGUGCUGGCUGUGCAGGUGCCAGGAGAGGGCCCUCUCCUUCUGCCGGAAGUCUGCCUCCUGCCCCAGCAGCUGCAGCAGCAGUGGCGCCGCUUUCUGUGCUGCACGCUGCUGAUGAGCCCUCCCCCCUCCAUGGUGACUGCUGCGGGAGAAAGCAGCAACGCGCCUCCGCAGACACUGGAGAGAGAGGUUCAGCUGCUGCUGCUGCGCGUGGCGUCACGCUGCGUCAGACUCAUGGGGAAGGGGAUGUUGUGUCGCGCGCUGAUGCAUGCCCUGCAGCCGUGUGGUAAUCUACCAGCCGACGCUGACGCUGGCGAAGGCGAUGACGAGACGGAAAGCACUACUUCCUCCAGCUGUGAGAGCUCUAGCUACUACACGGGCUGCAGCGUGGCUUCGGAGACUUCCUCGAGCGCUUCUUCCGUGAGCAACAGCUGGAGAGUUUCUCCGCAAGACGGCGUCAGCUGUUCGAGUGCACAUCUAGUUUCCCGUGUGGGGAUGCUCUUCUUCGCCAGCAGCUGCUGCUCCAGAGAUCUCGCGUCGUUGCAGCAGGCAGUCGGCAAGGCUAAGGCGGCAGAGGGGGAGUGGGAAGUUGUCUUGCUGCAACGUGUGUUGUGGGAGCUCACCAAGCGGGCAGCUUCGGCUAAUGCUGGAGUGGCAGAGAAGGAUACGGAUUCAAGAGACGUGCCAGCAAAGGAAAGCUGGAAGGCGCAGACUCCUGCUGCAUCCGCUGCUGAGAUGUUUCGAGCCGCCGUCAGUGCUUCCGUGGCUUUGACGCUGUGGCUAGCUCACCACCAACAAAUCGAACGACAACAAGUGCUGCCGCUGCAGCUAGGAGCAUCCGAGGUGUGGGGUGCUUUUUUUCUGAAGCAACAACAAGCUCUCAUGAGAUGCAGUUCUGAUGCUGCUGCAGCAGUUUCUGCUGCUGCAGCAGCAUCAGAACUGCAUGCCGCAGUGGAGUCUUGGCCUUCUGCUGCUGCCUUCCCGCCCGUGCCUCAGCAGCAAACGGCGCAGCAGCACGACGCUCACCACUCUUGCGCGCAUGCGGAGCAGCAGCCGCCAUGUCUAUUUGCCAGGGAUGCGGCCUGUGCAGCUCUACUCCUGGUGCGCCCGUCCGGUGUAACUACAGCAGUGCAUCCUCGCCUUCAACCUUCCGAGCGAAUGCUGAUGCAGCUCCAACCGCUUGUAGCUGCUUCGCAACAGUACCUGUUGCAGCGCCUCCUGCCGCGGGAAAAGUUUCUUAUGGACUUCUUCCUGGCAGCCAGUCAAGAGAGGAGGCAACACGCUUCGCGGAAACUGCUGCUGCUGGAUCACCUUCAGCGCCAGCAGGAAGCGGAGAGCGGCCAGCAGAAGCGUCUGCUUAACGACCCUAUUUCCAUUCUUUGCAGCCGUCUGCUGCGUCGGGGAGGCACUUUCUCUGCGUUUCUUCACAGCUGCAGCGCCAACAUGGAGGCCGUUCAAGCACGAGCGCAGGUGCAAGUGCAGCAGCACCUGCGGCAGCAAGAACGGCAGCUGCUCGAUGUGCUGCAGCAGCUACUGCGGCUUUCUCCCUCCUCGCGAUGGCGACACCUGCUAGUUGGGGCACUGCAGCAGCAGCUGAGAAUGCACGAAGUCGGAAGCGUCGUGGCUGCUGCGUCUUCUACAGCAGCCGCAUUCGCGCCUUUGUUGAACAAAUGUGCAGCAAGGCGCUCAGCGAGUGCAGCCACUGCGUCACUGAGCGUCGUAUUAAAGCGGGCACUGCCAAUGGCGGCGCUUUGCAGGAGCAGCAGCAAGAGCAAGAGCAGCAAGAGCAGCAAGAGCAGCAAGAGCAGCAAGAGCAGCAGCAAGCAAGAGCAGCAAGAGCAAGAGCAGCAAGAGCAACGCGAGAGAGGUUUCCGGGGAGAUGCUCCUGGCAGCACUUCUGAAGAAUGUGCUGCUGCCGUGAGGAUGUGUUUCCUCCCCUUCCUGUUACCCUUAGGAUGGAGAGACUGGUCCUGUUGCGACUCGGUGGACGUACAGCCGGCUCACCAGAGGCAGCAACAGCACCAGCCACAGCGACCACAGCAGCGAACGUCGCGAAGCUGCUCGCUCAUGCGCUUCGCUGCAGGAGCAGAAUGCUCCACUCGAGCAGACGCGAUCGUAGGAGAGCUCUUGGAGAAGGGCCUCUCUUGGCAGCUGGCACGAAAGCAAGAGCAGCUCGAUAACAGCUCCCUUCUCGAGACUGAGCUGCUGCAGGAUGCACGUGAAAUCCAACAGACGAGGCGUCUCGAUGGCGCCGCUGCUGCUGCAGCACUGGCAGCAACAGCAGCAAGACGGUCGCUUUGGCUUCAGCGCGGCAUGCGCCUUGCUGAAGACUCUCACGACGACGUCUCCCGCUGCUGCGCCUCGCGCAGAGGUGAGCUUUGUCAGACUGCCGGCUGUGAGCAUGCAUGCGUUGCUGCUGCUUCUGCUGCCGCCGUGGCGCGUUUCGCUCGCAGCGCACACCCCACGAGCUCCUUGGUCGUGGCUGUUUUUUUCACGCAGGUCGAGGAGGCGUGGUUGUUGCAAUCUCCGCACAAGCCGUUCCUCAAGAGGGAGCUGCAGAUGAUGCGUCUCUCGCUGCGACUUUGGCUGGUGCUCCAGCCUCUGAAGCGCAGUUCGGGAGCCUUCGUAGACAUCCAAGAAGGAGCUGCGUCAGCAGCAGCGAGAAGUGAAGAAGCCUUGCGCAUUCUGCGCGAAUGCGUUGACUUGUAUCUUGACCAUGCAGCGUUUCAAGGAGGAGCACGCACAGAAGCUGCUGGCUACGCCCAACGCGCGGAGCUCUGGCUCCUCCUCGCACAACAAGCCGCCGCUUUCUCUCCCCACCUCGUCCUUCUUCCAGUGCAUCGAUACCACCAUCUUGCAAGCGACCCUCGUGCUGCUGCUGCUGCUGCCGCUGCCGCUGCCACCGACGUCGUGGGGCCCUCGCUUCGAACCGAGUUGCUGCAACUUGCCGCUGAGGCAGCAGCAGCAGCAGCAGCAGCAGCAGCAGCAGCAGCAGCAGCAGAGCAGCCUGCUCCAGCAGCUCUCCGCGAUCUCGUGCAGCAAACGCGACGUCGUGUGGCAGCGGCUUUCGUGGAGGAUGGCUGUAUCCGGCAGGCGCUUCAGCAGCUGCAGGCGUUGCACGAAUGCGAGGAUGCGGCGGGGAGAGGUCUGGUGGUGCUCUUGCUGUUGCGGCUGAUGCUGAAGUCGCGAGUGCUGCUCUUGAAGGAGGGAAGCGCAGCAGGAGCCCACGCCGCGAGAAGCGGCGUGGGCGCCGCUCCCACCGCGUGUUGGUGUCACGCCUCCUCGAGUUGUGCAGCUGCGAAAGCAAAAGGGGAAGCACCUCGACGUCCAUCCCUCUCCGCAGCGGAGCGCAACGCUGCAACAAGCGCAGCACUGGCAGAAGCAGAAGCAGCAGCCGCAGAAGCAGCGCGCUAUGGGGCCGUUGACGCGCUCUCGAUUUGCCGCGCGGCUGCCGCUGCGGCGAGAGCUGGAGGCAGUUCUUCUGCAGCGGCAGCAGUAGCUAAAGCUGUAGCUGCUGCAGUUGUUGAAGCAGCAGCCUCGCUGCAGCUCUCUGCCGUAUCCGCUGCCUGUGCAGCUGCCGGAGUGCAGGCACAGCGGCUGCUGCAUCGUGUGGCGCUGUGGCAAGACUGCCCACUUCUGCUGGAAUGGCAGCAAGAAACAGGCGCUGUAGAGGCUGCCGCGCGCCUCUGCCUGCUGCAGGCAGCCGCUAUCUGGCUGCAACUCGUCUCUCUGCUGCCACAGCAGCAACAGGAGCAGCAGCAACAACGGCGACAGCAACAGUUGGAAGCAGACGUCUUGGGCUGUUUUCCGCAGUGGUUGCUUCAGGCUGUUGCGGCGUUGCAGCAGGAGUUUGCAGCCUCGCAGCACUGGCACUGCAUGCAGCGUUGCCAGCUGGAGGGGGACGCAGAGCCGGAAGCGCAGCUGCAAAAACUGCAGCAGCUGCUGCCGUUCAUAUCGCCUAUUUUCGCUGAAAACGCCACAGUCCAGCAAAAGCACAAGGCGCUAAAUGCAGCAGCAGCAACUCUACUGCCAGAUCUUCCCCCAGUGCCAGAGCAGCAGCAGGAAGGCGAAGAGCAGAAACAGGCAGAAGGGCAGCAGAUGCAGCUCUGUCUCGCCCUUUCUCGUGUUGCAACUUUGAGCGAACGCUGCGCAGAGUUGUUGCAACAAGUGCCAGGGUGUGUGCUCACUGUGCCCCCCAUGCUUCCGCUGCUGCUCUUGCCGCUUGACUCUGGCGGAGCUGUGCGCUUGCCUCAGGUUCUGCUGCUUCGCGCACACGUCUGUCAGCCUGUCACUCCCCUGUCCUCGCCAACGACACAGCCGCGGCUAGAGGAAAAUCGGGGGAGCGCUAAUUCCGCGCGCUGUCUAGCCGCGUCGAAUCAACACCUGCUUGCUGCCUUCCCCCCUCAGAAGCACCGACUAGAGCGGCAGAGCCAGGUGGAUCGCAUGCAGUCACUGGACGUGGAUGAAAAGGAGCAAGAAGCUCUAAGUGGCCCUCAGGAGACGCUGGAGAGGAUAUCCGUCUCGACUAGCUCUGACGCCAACGACUGCAGCGAAGGGGGAGAGGAAAGUAUCGUUCUCCCCUUGGUGGAGGAUCAGCGCGUGCAGCAAAGCUGCACCGUCUCCGCUGUCACUGCGAAGCGGAUUGCAGCGUUGGCGCGGGCACAAGGCAUCCUCGCCUCUCUGGAUGGAGCAGCCUUCUCACCGCUGUUACCCCCCGCAGAGACUGCAGCUCGCCUUGCCUUCUGGGGGGAGCUCGCUGCUGCAGUGCGCUUGUGCAACAUUUGUUCGCUGAGUCUUCUUGGCGCGUUUCAUGCCUUCGUCUAUUGCGCCAUAAGGGCCGCUAUGCAGCGUCGCAAGCAUGAUGCAUCCCCUGCUGAGAAUGGCUCUGCAUCAUCAGCUGCAGCAACCGCCGCUGCAGCGGGAGAAGUCGCGAACUCUCAGCGCCUCUUUGCCACACUGCAGCAACAGCUGCAGUCUCUCGCCUUUAUGCUAGGCCCGCAGUGCAUUCCCCCCCGCGUUCUGACGUUCUUACAGGAAAAGCUGAACGAGGAGUCAGGGAGUCUUUCGCGAUUGCCCGACCUCCUGUUGCACGGCCGGCUGGAAGCAGCAGUGGCUCUGGUAGAGACGCAAGUAGCAGCAGUCACAUCGACGGUUGACAGCAAGGAAACGGAUACAAUGACGCGCUGCGAAGUAUCACGGGAAAUUAAGCUGCAGGCGGCCACACUCGCUCAGCUGCAAGCAGCAGUAGCUGUCCAGCGGCCCUUGCUCCUGCCACGCCUAGAGAACGCCCUCCUCACCGCAGGAGACCUUGUAUGCGCUGGUGGUGCUGGUGGCUCUGAGUGCGCUUCCCUGGAACAAGCAUGGAGGCGGCCAUUUGCUGCUGAUGAAGGGCAUACAUCGAGGAAGAUUUAG